UUAUGGUGACCUUGAAAGAUGAAUUUCGAUUUUGUUUUGUUUUUAUUUUUAUUAACAAUACACAAGGUAUGGUGGACAGUUUUAAGUUUUACCUCAGCUAAAUAUCAUACCCACAUCAAAGACAACUGCUUAAAUGUGCAAAAAGGGAAAAUUUAUAUUUGUAAUAAUGUUUUAAUUAAAGCAUGUUCCACCGUUAGCGGGAUAGAAGUGUUUAUAUCUCGGCAUUAAUUCGGAUUUAAGGAUUUGUGGAUCAGUUUGAUGGGAAUGCGCUGGGGGGCGGGGUCCUCACAGCUGGAAAUGAAGCUAUUUAAGCUCUGUGUUUAAAAGCUGAGGAUUCACUAUAACAUAUAAAGAACAGCUCAGCCAUGAUAAACUGUGUAAAUGGCGAGUUUAGCAGUCCGGAAGCGUCGGUGGAGAUCGUAUCUGGCCGCGGUCAGUGCCGGUGAGGGAAGUAAACCUGAUCAUGAACGUGUCCGUGAACUCCAGUAUCGGCUCCAGUGAAGCUCCGUCUCCGGGAGAGGAGGCGCCGCCGCCGCUGGUGGACGCCUGGCUGGUGCCGCUGGUCUUCGGACUCAUCAUGGUAAUGGGACUCGCUGGAAACUCGCUGGUUCUCUGUGUUAUUUACAAACACAAGAAAAUGUGGACAGCAACCAACUUCUAUAUAGCUAACCUGGCAAUGACUGAUAUCACAUUCCUGGUCUGCUGUGUGCCCUUCACUGCUGUGCUGUACCCUCUGCCCAGCUGGAUCUUUGGAAAUUUCAUGUGUAAAUUUGUGAGCUACAUCCAACAGAUGUCUGCACAGGCUACCUGUAUGACAUUGACGGUCAUGAGUGUGGACCGCUGGUAUGUCACUGUGUACCCACUGCGCUCUCUGCAGUGUCGCACCCUGAGAGUUGCCACCACUGUCAGCCUCGGAAUCUGGAUAGGAUCUUUCUUGGUUUCUGUGCCUGUGCCUCUGUAUACCCAAACUUUAGCUGGGGAUUGGCACGGCCCUCAGGUCUUCUGCACUGAGAUAUUUCCUACAGCCAUGCACAAGAAAGGCUUCAUCCUCUAUAAUUUCCUGGCUGUGUAUAUGCUCCCACUGGUGACGAUCUGUGUGUGUUACAUGAGCAUGCUGUAUCAGAUGGGCCGGCCGGCUGUGGAACCUGUUGAAAGUAAUUAUCAGCUACAGGUUCAGACAGAGCAGAGCGCUGCUGUGAGGGCCAAAGUGUCUCGUAUGGUUCUGGUGAUCGUACUACUGUUUGUCUUCUGCUGGGGUCCAAUCCAGCUCUUCAUCAUGGUGCAGGCCUUCAGUCCACACUUCCGCCAGGACUACUAUACAUACAAGGUGAAGAUAUGGGCACACUGCAUGUCGUACAGCAACUCCUGCAUUAAUCCGAUUGUCUACGCCUUCAUGGGUGCCAACUUUCGCAAGGCCUUCAAGAGAACUUUCCACUGCCGUUUCAGACAGCGGAUAUCUGUCACCCAGCAACUGAAUGUGAAUGAAAACACAGAGAUGCACUAUGUGUCGUAGGAUUCGUCUAUAGCACAUUUGAAGAUGUGUUGUAAAAUGUUUAAUACCAUAAAUGUGUAAUACAGACUACAGGCAGGUGCCUAUUACUGAAAAUGUUCACUACUGUCAUCUAAGUGAACAAUGCUUAAAAAGUGAGUAGAAAUUUAUUCAAAAGGAUGAAUAUUGUUUAAAUUUAUGUGUCCCCUAGCAACAAAGUAUUAUUAAACUGUAAAAAAUAUAUAAUUAAUAAAAAAUGUAGCUUAAUAAGUAAUGUAGCUGCAUAAAAGAUAAUUACAUUUUUUACAUUUCAGCUUAAUUUAGUGGUUGAAGGUUAUUCAGAGGUUUGAUAUAAAUUGGCUCAUUCACACCAUUUAUUUGUUUUGCAUGACCACUAGUAAACAUACAUGUCUUCUAAUUUGUUAUAUGUAAUGGUAAUGCAUAUCUUUAUUAAACACAAAGGGUCAGUUUCUUAGAUGAGGAUUAAGCCUAGUCUUGGACUACACAGCAUUUUGAAUGGAGAUUUUCCAUUAAAAGGAAAUAAUAGUCUAUGAAUAGGCCAAACUACUGCCCAGGAAACUGACCCAAAAUCUUUUUUUAUUAAAGUUUUAGUAUUUUUGUGUAUUUUGUGUUGUCACUCUAAUAAUUGUGUAUUGUAAUGGUAUUUUUGUCCACUAGGCGAGAGUAUUGUACCACAAAAAUGAGCUGCUGGUGCUGGAAAAUCAACAGGAGUUUAUCAAAAAAUACAAUUAAUUAAAUACGAUAAAUCCUAUUUAAAUUGUUAAUUAAAUUAAACUAUAAUGGGAACGAAUACAAAUGUAAAUAAAAUUGGAUGAACAACGAAUUUAAUAUAUUAUCUAAAUCAUCACAAUGAAAUAAUCUCUUAAACAAAUUUGUAAAACUAAAACAAUCUCGCGAGAAGCCGCCGGCAUUCAUAAUUUUGCUUGCUUAAAGUCGCUUCUAUUUAGUUAAAAAAAAGGUUUUGUCUGUUUUUAAGAUUAUAUUUUUAAAUGUAUUAUUUUAUCAUUCUGUUUUAUGUCAGUCAUUAAAUUCUGACUUUUAAAGUAUAUAAGCGCCUCAAAUAA